AUGUAUAAUGGAAUCGGUCUGAGCACCGCGAGGGGCUCUGGAACAAAUGGAUACGUGCAGCGUAACCUCAGCAACUUGCACAGCGAUGCGCGUAUAGAUGAGAGUGGGGGCAAACAGUAUUUGAGGCGGCAGCUUCGGCAGAAAAACGAGCGCAAACAGGUUGCCACUACGGUUCGAGACAGAGAUAUCGACCUUCACGAGCGCAAGCGACAGUUGGAGAUAAAAGUGAUGGAAUACAGAGAGACGCUCGAGGAUGAGGGACUCGAGGACAGCGAGGUCGACAAGAAAGUGGAAGAGUACCGCGAAAGACUCAGAAACCAAAAGGACGCCAGGGAAAAGUCUCCUACACGCGCGAAAGACAGUAGGCCUGGAAAUAGGCCGUACCACGAAAAGGCCGAUCCAUUUGUGAAGCAGGAGCGAAAACCUGCGAUGUCUGUAAAGUCGAAGAGGCAGAAUUUUGCCAGUAUGUACUGA